AUGAAGGAAGGUGAUGAAACACUACUUAUAGUUUCCCUAUAUGUGGAUGACCUGUUGGUGACAGGUGAAAACAAUAUUGUGCUAACAGAUUUCAAAGGCAAAAUGAAUAGCAUGUUUGAAAUGUCAAAUUUGGGUGAAAUGUCAUAUUUUCUUGGCAUGGAAGUGUUUCAAACUCAACAAGGAAUUUUCUUAAGCCAAAAGGCAUUUGCCUUGAAAAUUUUGAACAGAUUUUCCAUGCAGAAUUGUAAAACAACUAGCACUCCAAUUGCUAUUAGAGAAAAGCUGACAAGCCAAGGUGAUUUCGAGAAAGUAAAUGAAUCAACCUAUAGGAGUCUACUUGGAUGUUUUCUCUACUUAAUAGCCACAAGACCAGACAUAAUGUUUACAGUAAGUCUUUUAUCUAGGUUCAUGCAUUACUGCAAUGUGAACCAUUUUAAAGCUGCAAAGAGAGUCCUUAGGUACAUUAAAGGCACUAUAAGCUUUUGGAUGAUGUUUACCAAGGUUGAAAGCAUGAAGCUCCUUGGUUUUGCUGAUAGUGACUAG